GCGUUUUCUGUCAUGGCGGCCGCUGCAUGAAAAUUGCGGAAUUGCUAUCCGAUUCGUUGCUCGUUGUGAUUAAUUUAAUUAAAAAGUGUUGUUCAAUCAAGCUAGUGCAGUAACCGAUAAUUAAUUACAUCAUGGUUUGAGUUACCAAGCGUCACCGUGGAGAAUUCUAGCAAAUUAAGUGUAUUUUCAUUGUGGACUAUGUGCUAACGCUAAGCAUUAGGUUGUAACCAUGACGCAGUUUUUACCUCCUAAUUUACUUGCCCUGUUUGCGGCGAGGGAUCCUAUCCCUUAUUUGCCGCCUGCAGCGAAGCUCCCGCAUGAGAAGAAACAAAAAGGCUACGAUGGCGUCGGCGCUUUUCUCAACGUCUUUGAGCACCCAUCAGAAACGCCUCCGCCCACCCGCGUGGAAACCAGAGAGGAGCGCGCGGAGCGUCGUCGCCGCGAGCGCGCAGAACAGACAGCUUAUAAGUUGGAACAAGAGAUUGCCCUGUGGGACCCGGCGGCGAACGCGAGGGCCACCGCUGAUCCUUUCAAGACCCUGUUUGUGGCCAGAAUUAACUAUGACACAUCAGAAUCCAAGCUAAGAAGAGAAUUUGAGGGCUAUGGAGCUAUUAAAAAGAUAUACAUGGUGUACAACAAAGAGGACGGCAAGCCGCGUGGCUACGCGUUCAUCGAGUACGAGCACGAGCGCGACAUGCACUCGGCGUACAAACACGCGGACGGCAAGAAGAUCGACGGGAAACGGGUGCUGGUCGACGUGGAGCGAGCGCGGACCGUCAAGGGUUGGCUGCCGAGGAGGCUCGGUGGCGGACUGGGUGGCACCCGGCGUGGAGGUGCCGACGUGAACAUCAAGCACUCGGGCCGUGAGGACAACGAGCGUGAAAGAGAACGCUACAGCCGCGAGCAGAGAGAGAGGGACGAGCCGCGUGGAGGGCGUCGCCGCAGCCGCUCGCGUUCACCGCGCCGGCGCAGCACUUCUCGCUCUCGCCGCCGCGAGAAGGAAAGGGACAGGACGAGAGACGAGGAGCCGGCUGAGAACCGCCGCCGGCGCCGCUCGCGCUCCCGCUCGCGGCGGCGCGACAAGGACAAGGAGAAGCAUCGCGACCGCGACGCGCGCGCAGACCGCGACCGCGACCGCGACCGCAAGCGCGCAAGGAGGGACAAAGACAAGGACCGCGAUCGCAAGGAGCCCAAGCUGCGGGUUGACGAAAUUAAGGUCAAACAGGAGCCGCAUACUGACUAUCCCGAGUUCACGCUGCCCGCCAUGGACGUCCAGAUCAAGCAGGAGCCGGCGGAUGACGACGAAAACAAAUACAACCCGGAGGAGGCCAACGGGGACGAUUACAAUUAUUAAACUAACGGGCUGUUUACAUAUUUAUUGUACAUUUUUCUCUCAACACUCGCUUUUUCGUGGGUCUUCAGGAGCAUCGCCAAAAGAGGACAAUCUGGACAAUGGAACAAUUCUAGACAAUAGAAUUUCUAACUAAAUGAAUGCCCCUGUACCAUAUGAACAUUAGGAACUUUCAACUCGAUACCUCCACGCGUUCCUGAGAUAAAGGGUCUUGACAGACAGACAGACGGACGGAAGGACAUCAAAGUGAUCCAAUAAGGGUUCCGUUUUUUCCUUUUGAGGUACAGAACCCUAAAAAUAUCUCGUAUUAUGUGUACAAUGUGUUUGUCAGGCGCUAAUGGCUCUACACGAUGGGCCAGCGCCAGCCACUCCAAGGGACGCAGCCAUGCAGUAGAAUGAGAUAGCAAUAUAGUGAUAUUGCCAAGGGAGCCAGUGGGCUCCCUCUAACGCAUAAAUGCGGAGCCAUAAUACAUUGAAGUGCUGACGAUUCUAAGGUUGGUAUUCCAUCUGUCCAUGUGCAUGCAUUGCGUCUCACUCUCUCACCAAGCAAAAUGUGAGACGCAAAACACAUGGGAACAAGAAAUUGGACAGGUGUAAUACCACCCUAAGAUACAAAUCUAGGUCUGAGAAAUAAAUGUACAUUAAAUUAAAAAUAGCUCAUAUAUGUAGUCGUAUUUUAUAUAGUGAGUGUUUUGAGCGUUUCAAUACACUUUUUUUUUCACUAUUUUGAUGAUUUUUUGACAUUAUUUAGUAAAGGACUUACGUUUCUACCAGGCGGUCU